AUGUUCACCCUCGCUCCUCCGCGAGGGUUUGGGCCAACAACCCACAAAGAAGUGGAGAUCUUUCAGCAGCAAGUGCGCGGCGAGCGCAAGGCAGAGAUACAAGCCCUGAGGGAGCGGCUGCAGACAGCUACCCUGGAACGGACUGCAAGCGCCGGAAGCAUCUUGACCAGGCCAGCGUCCCUGGCAGUUGACACCGCGCCGGCGGACUUCGAGUUCCCGGAGCCUGCAAGCCUCUUAGCAUCACCAGCGUUCCGCACACUUCGGAGCGCUGGGCGGAUGGUGUCUGUACCGUCGCCGUCUGGAAUGGCAACUUUCAAGAUGCGUCCUGUGACUGCAGACUUCCCACGGGAGCGGAUCUCACCGACAAUGAGCUACACCACGCGGCUGUCCAUGGGACUUGGCUGCUGUACUCCUAUGGAGCGCUAUGGUGUAGGAGGGGCCAAGCGGCAGAGGUGA